CUUUAGCCGACUGUGGUAAGAUAACAUCAAGCUCGUUCGUGGACACGAGGGGGGCUUGAAGAGCUUCAGAUUCCACCUUCUCACUUCUCAAUUUACACUCCGGUCCAACAAGCCCCAUCAAGUUCCAAACCAAGAUGCUAUCGCUGACUUCGUCCAUCCUGAUCAGCCUUGCCCUCGCUGGGAUCGUCAGCGCUGAAGACUGCUCCACUGAAUCGUUGAUGAAGCUUGCGAGUAACACGAAUCUUGCAGGCUGCACCGCCGACAGUGGUGUGAGCGUGUCGACCAUUUCGACAUUGACGAUGGAUCAGAUCAUGGCCGUAUGCUCGAGUUCAUCGUGCAUGGGGCUCAUGGAUGACAUUGCGGAGGCCAACCUCGGUGACUGCACAAUUCCGGGCUCCACUGUUUCGGUGCAGAGCGACAUCCUGGACCAAGUUGGGUCAAUGUGCAGUGGAAGUGGAUCGAUAGGGUCAAUGGCGGUGGGAUCGUCGUCGUCGUCUUCGUCAAAUGGUGGCACCAACGUCGGCGAUGAGUCAGGGACCAGCUCUUCGAGCACUGAUAAGGCUACGGGAGGCUCUAGCUCCACAAGUGGUGCGAGCCACACUGCUGCGACUUUGACUGCCGGACUUGCCUCCGCCGUCCUGGCGGUUGUCAUGGUACUGAUGUAGUUUGGGAGUUACUUUUCAAUGUAGAUUUCGCAUUUUGUGCU